AUCUCGCUAGCAAGUGCCGGUAUUCGGUUCGAGGUUCUUCAAUUUUUCGGCAAUAACCCGUGGUGCUUUUCGACAAAUAUAUAUUUCACCGGCGAAUUCGCUGAAAUGUUCAUGCUCGUGUUUCUCGUGCUACUCGCGUCGCGCAAGGAUCCGAAUUACGCUCUCGACGUUUCUUCCCCGUCCCCGAAGGCAUCCUCGAAAUCCGCGGUGCACAGAGGGACCAUCAACGACAUCGUCUCCAAAAAUAUUACCCUGGUUCUCGAGAACCUCUUGAUGAAUUACGAAAACAAUCAGCUGCCCACGCAUGGAAAGGGAAUACCGACAGUGGUGAAAACGAAUAUUCUGAUAAGAAGCAUGGGUCCGGUGUCCGAACUCGACAUGGAUUACUCGAUGGACUGCUACUUUCGGCAAUCGUGGCGAGACUCGCGGCUGAGCUUCUUAGGUCCAAUCAAGUCGCUCAGUCUGAGCAUUAAGAUGCUCGAACGAAUCUGGAGACCGGACACGUAUAUUUACAAUGGAAAGCACAGCUACGUGCACACCAUCACGGUGCCCAACAAGUUGUUACGAAUCUCGCAAGACGGAGAUAUCCUUUACUCCAUGAGGCUCACCAUAAAAGCAAAAUGUCCAAUGGAGCUGAGGAACUUCCCCAUGGACCGACAGUCUUGUCCACUUAUUCUUGGAAGUUAUGCGUACACUUCCGGGCAAUUAGUUUACGAAUGGCAAGGGGGUUCCUCCGUCAAUUUCGUCCCUGGGAUGGCGCUCUCGCAAUUCGACCUGAUGGGCUCGCCGUAUCGCAAUUUAACGUAUUUUCGCCGGGAGGGUGAGUUCUCGGUUCUCCAGGUUUCCUUCAACUUGCAACGGAACACCGGAUACUUUCUUAUACAGGUGUACGUGCCCUGUGUCCUGAUAGUGGUGCUCAGUUGGGUGUCCUUUUGGAUUCAUCGAGAAGCCACCAGCGAUCGCGUCGGCUUGGGGAUCACCACGGUUCUGACACUGUCGACCAUCAGCCUCGAUUCCAGAACCGAUUUGCCGAAAGUCAGAUACGCUACAGCCCUCGAUUGGUUUUUAUUGAUGAGUUUUGGAUACUGCAUCGCCACUCUGUUAGAAUUCGCCGGUGUACAUUACUUUACAAAGGUUGGCAGCGGAGAGAUCCCUUUGGACGAAGAGGACCUCGAGGACGAGACCGAGGGGAAUUACCAGGACGGAUUCUGCAGCAUUGUGCCCUGUAGUCCACAAACGGUCCAUCCGGCGACUAUAAUCGACGUGCCUCGCCGAAGCAGUUCAUUGAUAUGCGACGUUUACGACGUGAACGAAUCAAUGGCCUACGGCAGAGGAUCGAUGACCGUUUCCGUCACCUCGAGACCCUCGACGAUGGAGCGACAGACGCAGACGGAAGUCUGGAUACCAAAAUGGCGGCAGUUUCUCUAUUGUCUCGCCGGUGACGAGGCGUUCAGGAGACGCAGACAGAGGGAAGCAGCUGGAAACUGCAGGAAACAAGGAGAAAAAAUUGCCAGGCACAUAAACAGCGUCUCCUAUAUCGACAAAGUGGCGCGUAUAGUGUUCCCAGCCUCUUUCGGGUUACUGAACGUUUGCUACUGGGUGAUUUACGUGACGUAUCAAGAGGAAUUCAAGUGGCAAGAUCCGCCGAUAGGCUCGAUCUCUCACAAAUAACAGGAUUCGCUGAAUCUAUUCCUCUGAACAACAGUAAUCUAACCGAAUCUAUAAUUACAACGAAAAGUAUCGAAUAGUUGGGCAAUUUUUUCGCGUUUCACCGUUCGUUUCGGCUCUCCGCCGGAAAUCCGAACUUCUCGAUUCUUUCAAAGAACGAAUCUAUCCAUUCGAUUCGAUUGAAACAAGAAUUGAAGAAACAACUAAAGACGACGUCGUUCCAAUGAAAACAUUAGCCAUGUUUGCGUAUCGUUUUACCCAACCGUGCGACGGAAUUAUCGAUAAACUUUUUAAACUAAAU